UGCGUAGAACGGCCCUGGGGAUGGAUCCCUCCGGCUUGCCGUCCAUAGUUCUGCGCAUGAUUGGGAGGACUGCUUGUGAGGAAGAGUUGCUCGGGAGCCGUCCAGCGGAGCCGUGAUGGAAGAAGGCGGCCUUGAGCCGGAUGCUUUCGACGCCAUCGUCAUGGCAGAGGCAAGAUUUCAUGGCGAAGGCUACCAGGAAGGCUAUGCUGAAGGACUUCAUGCUGGUGUCAUUGAAGGAAGGCAAUAUGGAGUGCAGCAAGGGGCUAACAUUGGAUUAGAAAUUGGGUCAUAUCUUGGUUUUGCAGUGACAUGGAAGAAAUUGCUUAAUGCCGGUUCUGAUGAAAAACACAGUAAAAAGGCAAAAGUUCUAGAGUCCUUAAUAGAGAUGAUUGAGAAAUUUCCCCAUGAAGAUCCAGUCUAUGAGAGACUUCAAGAUGACCUAGAGAAAAUUAGAGGACGAUUCAAGCAGGCUUGUUCAUUGCUGCAUAUUCCAUCUGAUGCUCGACUUGGAUCUGGAGGAUCUGCUCUCACAUUCUGAAAACCACCUGGACAGAGAUGAAAAGCAUUUUUGUUUCAACAAACAGUGAAAUCUUGGACAGACAAAUUAAGCAGAAAAAUAUUUUUACAUACAUAUAUAGAGAGAGAGAGAGAAGAGAGAAGAAAGCUAAUAUUUCUAUAGGACUAUGCGUAUUGUAUGUUGCUUGACUGCACUCAGUUCCAUUUGGAUACUCCAGUUUAAGAAGGUAGUGACUCUAUGAUGAGGUGAUCUGUUCAAGAACUAUUUCGAAAUUAAUGUUGGACGUUGUCCUGAAACAUAAUGAUUACAAAACAAUACUAAUUUAGCAGUUUUACUAAUGUUAAGUAAAUACGUAGCUUUGAAUGGAUUUAAGACAUUUACAAACAUGUUUUCUUCUCUGAAGAUUUUAUCCAUGAACUUGACAUUCUCCUGGAAAUAUGUCUAAAAAUAUAUUUCACUAUAUUAGUGCAAGGAACCCAGUCAACGAUCUGUGUAACAGAUGUUAUGUGAUUUCACAAAUGUAGUAUCAUCUGGGAUGAUGCAGCAUUACAGUGAUAAGUGAUUUAUUUAUGAGCUAUAUUGAAAUACAAAUAUCUGAGUAAAAAUAAGCUUAAACUGAGGUCAGAAGUUUUUUUGUAACAACCAUCACCAUGUGGGUGUGCCCAAUAAAGUAGGGGAAUGACUUUGCCAUAAUACAUUUCUGGGAAUAUGAUUUACUUGAUAUGAAGCAAGUGGCAAGGUCUACAGCAAUUUCGCAGGUGCCAAAGAUAACCCCAGUUCUUCAAUUAACUUUAAAGUGUCUCUGGGGAAGAAACUGAAUUGGGCUUGGAGGCUUAGCUCUGUCAAUGCUACUCCAAAGUGGUGGUCCACGGAUUGGUGCAAGGUUUACGAGGUUUUGGCUGCCAGUACCUGCUGAGUUUCUGGGAAAGAAGCAGUUGUAGCCAAAGAGCACGAGUAUGGUAACAGUCCAAGGCAUGUAAGCAAAAACAUUUGCUGCUUCUUGGGAAGCACUGACAUGCAGGAACUUCAUGGCAAGUCUUUCUCUUUCCAUGUCCUUUGGCAUCACCAUUCAUGAAGAGGUCACAGUAAAUUUUCACUGUCUGCUUGUACAAGUAAGGCCUGGGUCUACCUGCUCUUUCCUGUCCAUAUGAUGAAAUAACACGAAAGCCGCAUGCAUGAGUGCAAGGAGAAGGUUGAAGCAUUGUUUUUGAAACCCUGUUUCAUCAGGUGUGUUGCUGAUUGUUGUAUCCCAUGCCCAUAAUUUUCUUGCAUUGUUUGUCUGGACUUCCCUUACUGACUUCUAUAAUAAAAGGAAUAAAAGAUGUUCUAAAUCUGUUUACUUUU